AUGGCGAAUUUUUUGUUAGCUUUCCUCCUCCUCCUGCUGCUGCUACGGCUAGAACACUGCUACGGCGAGCCGAUGGCGUCAUAUGAGCAGUCGUCGAUGCUGAUUUCCGCCGGCGGGCAGCAUAAACGGCACCGCCGUUUGGGGUUACUGUUCCCGGAGUGGGUGGCGGCGGCCGACCGGAAGCUGCUGGCGGAUUCGGACGUGAAUCCGGAUCUCGUGGUGGCGCAGGAUGGCUCCGGCGACUACAGAUCCAUUGUAGAAGCCGUGGCGGCUGUGCCCAAGGAGAGGGGAGGAAGCACGACGAGGUUUGUGAUAUACGUGAAGGCCGGCGUCUACAAAGAGUACGUGGAGAUUCCUAGCUCGAUGGAGAAUUUAAUGAUGACCGGCGACGGGAGAGAUGCUACCGUGGUGACCGGGAACAGGAGCGUUAAAGAUGGCUACCGGACCUUCCAAACGCCCACCUUCGGUGUAUCGGGCAACGGAUUCAUCGCCCGCGACAUGACGUUCCAAAACACGGCCGGGCCGGAAAAGGAACAGGCGGUGGCACUCCUAUCCCAGUCCAACCAGUCCGUCUUCUACAGAUGCAGCUUCAAGGGUUACCAGGACACCCUCUACGUCCACUCCCAAACACAGUUCUACCGAAACUGCGACGUCUACGGAACCAUCGACUUCAUCUUCGGCAACGCCACUGUUGUCUUCCAGAACUGCAACCUCUGCGUUAGGCGGCCAAUGAGCGGCCAGAAGAACACAGUGACGGCUCAGGGCAGGAACAGCUCGGACCAGACCACCGGCAUAUCGAUCCACAACUCCGUCGUGGCUGCAGCAUCGGACCUCGCGCCGGUGCAGGGGUUAUUCAAGACGUACCUCGGCCGGCCGUGGGGGAACUAUUCGAGGACGGUGGUGAUGAAGACGGAGCUGGGGGACUUGAUCGACCCAGCGGGGUGGUUGGAGUGGGACGACCGCCCCGCGCCGGACACAUUGUACUAUGGGGAGUUCAUGAACACUGGCGUCGGCGCCGACACGAGUAGGAGGGUGACUUGGCCCGGUUAUCACGUGAUCAAUAACUCGUCUGAAGCUGAAAAAUUCACCGUCGGAAGCUUCUUGUCCGGCGACUCGUGGAUACCAGCCACCGGCGUUCCUUUCACGUCGGGCCUAUAA